GCCAGUUCAAGGCGGUCGAACCCACACGGCUCGCGCAGUGUGUCAACACGGCGCUACCACGCGCGCCUUGCCCGGCCACACGCGUCGACCGUUAGUUAUCUGAACUAACCUGACUGACGACCGUUAUUCCCGCUUUCCUUUCGUUUCCAGUCUGCGUUUCUUCACCGACUUUUCUGUUUCGGAACAACACUAAGACGGUCCGUCAUGACUUUAAGGUGAUCUUCUGGCCAGGUGGCUCUGGAGGUCCAGGUCUGCAUUGCAAAAGGGAGAGAGAGAGAGAGGUGAGCUCUUCCAAAGGGAGAGGCGUCCUAGGGCCCUGGUGCCCAAGGGUUUUAAGGUAAGCAGCAGGGCUCAGUGCAGACGUUUUGGAGGGCAGCAUGGAGGAUGUGAAGAUUGUCAAUAAGGGACUAGAGGAUGAGAUGGAGCUGAGCGGGUACCGGCUGUGCCGCUGGAAGCUGGCGCUGGUGGCACUGGGCAUGCUCUCCACUGGCGGUUUCCUGCUUCUGCUACUUUAUUGGAUGCCAGAGUGGUGCGUGAAGGCCACCUGCAGCCGCACAGCCGUGCGGGACGCUCAGGUGGUCCUGCUCCAAAGCACAGAUGAGUUUAAGCGCUGGUUCCUGGCUAAGGUGCGUGUCAUGCUGGCCCCCGGGACAAACCCGUUCAGCAGCCUGGACUCUCAGACCACCACUUCCCUGGCCAACGGCCUCCGCCCCCACCCCUCCAACACCCCCGCUGAGGGCUUCAUCAAGAAAUAUGCUGAAUACCAACCUGUGCAGAUCCGCUAUUUUACACUCCACAGCACAAAAUAUUACUGGAAUGACUCUGCUCAGAACUUCGAAGUGUUAACGGGUCUGGAGGACCUGGAUGUGAAGUGUUCCAGUAUCCACUCAGAGCACAGUGGUGGCCUCAGCAAGGACCAGCAGGAAUACAGGCGAUUAUUUUUUGGAGUGAAUGAAAUCGCCGUUAAAGUGCCUUCUCUUUUCAAGCUACUGAUAAAGGAGGUCCUCAACCCCUUCUACAUCUUUCAGCUCUUCAGUGUUAUCUUAUGGUGUUCUGAUGAAUACUACUACUAUGCGAUGACUAUAGUGUUAAUGUCAGUCAUAUCGAUAGCUACCUCUCUCUACACCAUCAAAAAGCAAUACGUCAUGCUCCAUGACAUGGUUUUAGCCCACAGUAUCGUACGGGUGUCGGUCUGCAGAGCAGAUAACGAGAUCGAGGAAACAAUGUCCACAGAUCUGGUGCCAGGUGAUGUCAUGGUUAUCCCCAGCAAUGGCACUGUCAUGCCAUGUGAUGCAGUGCUGAUUAGCGGGACCUGCAUUGUCAAUGAGAGCAUGCUCACAGGAGAGAGUGUGCCUGUCACUAAGACCAACCUGCCCAACCCUCUGCAGGGUGAGAAGGGGGAGGAGUGUGACACUGUGUACGGAACGGAAGAGCACAAGAGACACACGCUGUUCUGUGGCACCAACGUCAUCCAGACCCGCUUCUACACAGGAGAGCUGGUCAAAGCCACCGUGGUCCGCACCGGGUUCAGUACCUCCAAGGGCCAGCUGGUUCGCUCUAUCCUGUACCCCAAGCCCACAGACUUCAAGCUGUACAGAGACGCCUACCUGUUCCUCCUCUGCUUGGUGGGUGUGGCUGGUGUUGGCUUUAUCUACUCGAUUGUCCUGAGCAUCAUGAAUAAUGUUCCGGCAAAGACCAUCGUGGUCAAGUCUCUGGACAUCAUCACCAUCACAGUACCACCUGCGCUGCCCGCGGCUCUCACGGCGGGCAUCGUCUACGCGCAGCGCCGCCUCAAGAAAAUGGGCAUCUUCUGUAUUAGCCCCCAGAGGAUCAAUAUCUGUGGUCAGCUGAACCUUGUCUGCUUUGAUAAGACGGGCACUCUCACUGAGGAUGGUCUGGAUCUGUGGGGUGUUCAGAGAGUAGAGGGCAGCAGUUUCCAUCACACAGAGGACAACGCCUUCAAGGAGAGUCUGGUGAAGACCCACUUCGUAGCCUGCAUGGCCACGUGCCACUCUCUGACCAAGAUCGAAGGCCAGCUCUCCGGAGACCCCCUGGACCUGAAGAUGUUUGAGGCUACUGGCUGGAUUCUGGAGGAGCCCACCGAGGAGGAGACGUCUCUGCAUAAUCGCAUCAUGCCCACUGUGGUUCGGCCGCCCAAGCAGCUGCUCCCAGAGCCGGCGAUGUCGCCGGAGCAGGACAUGGAGCUGUACGAGCUGCCGACCUCCUACGAGAUCGGCAUCGUGAGGCAGUUCCCCUUCUCCUCGGCCCUGCAGAGGAUGAGCGUGGUGGUGCGGCUGCUUGGAGAGAAGCGCAUGGAUGCCUACCUCAAGGGGGCGCCAGAGGUUGUGGCAAGCCUGUGCAAGAGAGAGACCAUGCCACAGGAUUUUGCGGAGGUGCUGGAAGAUUACACUAAGCAAGGUUUCCGUGUCAUCGCCCUGGCACACCGGCGCCUGGAGUCCAGACUCACAUGGCACAGGGUGCAGAACAUUAACAGGGAUCACAUUGAGACCAACAUGGAGUUCCUGGGGCUGAUCAUUAUGCAGAACAAACUGAAGUGUGAGACGCCAGGUGUUCUGGACGUCCUCCGUCAGGCCCAGAUUCGCACAGUCAUGGUCACAGGUGACAACAUGCUGACAGCCAUCUCAGUAGCGCGGGACUGCGGGAUGAUCCCGCCACAGGAUCGGGUCAUCAUCGCCGACGCGCUGCCCCCGAAAGACGGCCAGCCAGCCCGGAUCAACUGGCAAUACGCCGACAACCCCAGCAAGCACAUGAGCAAGACGGACAUAGAGGACGUGCAGAUCAGCAUGGAGGACAGCUCGAAGGAGCAGAGGUCUCUGGAGCGCUACCACUUCGCCAUGAGCGGCAAGUCAUUCACCGUCAUCACCGAGCACUUCCAGGACCUUCUGCAGAAGCUGGUACUGCAUGGGACAGUGUUUGCCAGGAUGGCACCGGACCAGAAGACCCAACUGGUGGAGACACUCCAGAGCGUAGAUUACUUUGUCGGAAUGUGCGGCGAUGGAGCCAAUGACUGUGGAGCACUGAAGAGAGCUCAUAGCGGCAUCUCCCUGUCGGAGCUGGAGGCCUCCGUAGCCUCCCCUUUCACCUCCAGGACACCCAACAUCUCCUGCGUGCCUGACCUCAUCAGGGAGGGCCGGGCUGCACUCGUCACCUCCUUCUGCGUGUUCAAGUUCAUGGCCCUGUACAGCAUGAUCCAGUACAUCAGCGUCACCCUGCUCUACUAUAUCCUUAGUAACCUGGGAGACUUCCAGUUCCUCUUCAUUGACAUCGCCAUCAUCCUGCUUAUUGUGUUUACCAUGAGCCUGAACCCUGCGUGGAGAGAGCUGGUGUCUCGGCGGCUUCCCCUGGGCCUCAUCUCCGCUCCUCUGCUCGUCUCUGUGCUGUCUCAGAUCCUCAUCUGCCUGGCCUUCCAGUCACUGGCCUUCCUCAUGGUCCGCCAGCAGGGCUGGUACGAGCCCUGGACCCCCGAGGCAGAGCUGUGUAACGCCUCCUCCCACGACAACUCCACGGACAACUCCACCGAGGAGGACGAGCACAACAUCCAGAACUACGAGAACACGACACUAUUCUACGUGUCCUCCUUCCAGUACCUCAUCGUCGCCAUCGUCUUCUCCAAAGGCAAACCCUUCCGUCAGCCCAGCUACAAAAACUGGCCUUUUGUGUUGUCUGUGGUCAGUCUGUAUGUGUUCCUGUUCUUUAUAAUGCUCUAUCCUGUCUCUGCCAUAGAUGAGACCUUGGAUAUCGUGUGUGUUCCUUACUCGUGGCGCGUCACUCUGGUGUAUAUAGUGCUGGGCAACGCUGCCGUUUCUGUCUUCAUGGAGACCUUCGUCCUUGACGUCGUCUUAUGGAAGCUUGUGUUCAGCCGAGACAAGCAGGGCAGCUGUGGUCUCCAGCCUGCCACCCCGCCACCACAGAGAGGAAUAGAGUUGUUGGGCUCCAAGCACGUGUCCUGCCUAUGCUGUGGACAGAGGAAGGUUCCCAAAGCGCGUUACAUGCAUCUGGCCCAAGAACUAAGUGUGGACCCCGACUGGCCUCCCAAACCCACAACCAUCACCGAAGCCAAACCCCCUCCCCCACCAGAAAACGGCUCCUACCAAAUCAUGUCCACCUCCUAGCACCUCCUACAACCACUCUUAUUUUAUACUAGUGUCAACCAUUGUAGAGGGGGAAAAAUAUACUGUCACUAUAAAGACAUUCUGGUUAGUGGGCGAGAGACACCUUUAUAAGGAAACUGAAAAAGAUUUAAAUCUUUCAAAGAUUUCAAAAGUUUGUUUAGUUUGGGGGGGUUUUUGUGCUGCUUCAGUGUUUUCUUGCCACUCUCAUUUUUACCAGGUACAUUUCCCACUGGUUUCGCCAUUUAUUCCACGGACCUGGUCUGCGUACAAAUAUAUUCAAGCUAAUUUGGCAUGGUCGCAUAAGGCUGCAUGUCAAAGGAGCUCUGCAUGGGCCGCCAGCCACACCCUAACCACCCCGGCGUUACAGUUUUUACAGAAAAAACAAACCUGUAAACUUGCAACAUCCUUUCUGUCUUAUAUUUCUUCCCAUGGAAGAACAGAACAUAGUAACAAAGAAAAGAGUUUGGGUCUGAGUGACGGCCCGUCUGUACUCUGGGUAAAGGGCAGGUGGUCUAAAUGAGCAGCACUGAUUGGUCCAAAGACGUGUCCCAGGCUCAUGUGUGCAUAUGAACAUGUGUCCCGGGCUCACUAGGUGACCUCAUGUAGCCUUCAGUUUCCAUGAAGCAACAAUCCUAAGGCUAUAGAACUAUUGCAGUGACCUCUGACCUGAUCUGACCUCUGCUCCAUUGACCAUGUUUGGCCGUCUCUUUUAAGAAAAGCUGUUGGCAAAUAUGUCGUAACCCAAAAAGACGAAAGUCCCUCGUGCUGAGGCAGUGUGGAUGUUGGAGAAGGAUUUGACUUGUGGCUUAAAUGAAAAGUGAUUUGAGUUGUAUUUGAAAUAGAUUCCAUCAGAAGGAGAAGGUGGAUUCAGUUUGAGUGGCGCAGGCUAAAUAGCGGCUACCUCAGGCCUGAUUCUUAUUCUGUGAUUUCAUAUGUGUUCAACCCACCUGCCAACAUGCAGCGUUUUAUUCAGAUCUCCCGUGCAUCAUGUGUAAAUCAGACAUGUGAAGUACGACUCUCAAAUCCUGUUUGACUUCUGUGUUUCAUCGCAGAAGAUCCAAAGUCUGUGAAGUUUUUAGUGUUUCCAGAGUAAGUGAUGGGCUUAAUCUUCAGCACAGAGCAGUCUGGCACAAGGCUUCUCUGCCUGCCAUGAAGGCCGACACCCUUUGUUUCUUUCUAGUCUAACAGGCCAUGACCUUUUAACUAAAAUACCUGAACGUGUUGAAUAAUAAAGGUGAUAUUUGAAAGUAUGUGGGGGCAAAUCUUACACUAAUGCAAUCUGUUUGGGUUGUUCCUUUUUGACCAUUUCUUCAGAGUUGUGUACCAAAAUGAUCUCUUUUUAAACAUGACAUCCUUUGCUCUCAAUUUGCUCAGCAAAUCUUAAAACUAGUUAAUGUGAGGGGAUUUCACAUAAGUACAAAUUUGACAGGGACAGAGUUGCAUGGACAUCAUAACGUAAAGGACUUAAAAAAUAUAUAUAUAUUGAAUAAGUUGAAGGAUCUAUAUGUAUGUGCUGAAAAACCCACUCAAUGUCAUCAGCAACCAUAAUUAAACUAUUUUAAAUUUGACUACUAGAGCUUUGCCUCCCUCAUGUCUGAAAGUCAUUUAUGCUUGCUCAGUCUGCUGUCGAGCCUCACGUCUAUUGUGCUUACAGGGCCUUGAUGUUGCUUUGGCUCUCUGUGAAUAAGGGCUCCUACAUGCUUUUUUUUUUUAUCUUUUCCUCCCUCUUUCCUCCUUGUUAUUAUUUGGUACUGUUUCAUAUUAUAAAUGAUCAGAUUCGUCUGUGUACAUUUGCGAGCUCCACUGCUCUGAUUGUCACAGACCUGUUAGUCGGUGUUCUUGGUGCAGUGUGUGGGGCAUUCUCGCAAAACUCGCUCAGUGAUGUAUUAACGUGAUGAUGCCCGGGCAAGAUGAGUGACUUCACUACAGUAUGUGCAGAACCUCCACAUGUUCGACUGGUGUCCCAUCGUGUCCCACCCUUAAGGAGAGCAGACACAUGAGGGAUACGAUGGGACAACGUGCAUGUGCGCGUUGCUAUUGGGGUGAGGCAAAUGUUUAAAUUUUUAUUUUUUGUUUUGUUUGUUUUGUUUUUUGCUGUUGCUAAAGUUUUUACAUUUGUAUUUAAAAUAAUUAUGUCUCCUUGGGGCAGUUUGAAGUGAUUAGUUCCGGCACCUUUCAGGCACCUAGGAGGGCUAUGGGACUCACCAUAUUGCCCUAUUUUACUAUCUUGCACCUUAAAGCGGGGGGGGGAAAUCAUAUCUAUUUUGCUCCACCAAUGUAGUUAGCUGUAAUGCUGACAUGCGCAGCUCUCUGACAAAGGUACACAUUAUCAGAGGUGAAUCGCAUGCUCUCCCAGCUCGGCCCUUUUCUGACCUGGGCUAGUCAGGCUGAGGUGUUUGAGUAGUAAGAACAUACAUGAAUAGAAGCGCUCGAAGACUUGGUGCUUGUCCUCAGUUUAGUGGCGUUCACCCCCCCCCCCCCCACACCUCCAACCUGUUCUGGGGCACAUUUGCAGCCCUAAAACAGCACCUGUGUGGUGUGUCCAGUUUGGAGACAACAUUAGGAUGCUUUACACUCUGCUUUACGCACCUUCUGUGACUUCUGUCUGUCUGUCUGUUUAUACACUUCAUUAUACAUGACCGUUUAAACAUACUUAAAAGCUUUGGAUUCAUUAUUAUUAUUAUUAUUAUUAUUACAUCUACUACUACUAAGAUCAAGUGGUUUAAUUUCCUCAGGGAAAAUGUUCAUAUUUGUUAUAAAUAAAAGAUUAAUGAUGAAUAACUGAGUGGUAAAUUUAUGGGCCAGUAUCUUGGGUGUCAUCUGUAUCUAGCAAGCUUUGCAUUUAUGAUCCAUAAAGAGCAAAAAUCCACAUUCUUUUUUUUUUUUUUUUGAUUACCCCUUUUUAAGGAAAUUGUAAGUUAUGCCUUAUCUGUAAUUAAUUUUCUAUUUAUUUUUAUUUGCAUUUAUUUGGAGUCGAUAAUUGUACAUUUCUCCUUGAUUAUUUUUGUUAUUAAAAUAAGGAUUUGCUUUGUC